AUGAAACGACAAACCGAUCCAGAGAAUGAAAUGCUUUUUAAAGGAUAUUCUAUUGAUGAACCAUUAAAUCUUUUGGUUUUAGUUAAAAAUGCUGUAUUACAUGGACCAUCAGAAGAAUUUCAUUGCUACGUCACUGUGAAACUUCAAAAUGUUAAAAGCACAACACCAGCUGUUAAAGGAAAUAACCCUUCCUGGGAACAAGAAUUUAUUUUUGAAACAAAUAGAUUAGAUCAAGGAUUAUUAAUAGAAUUAUGGAAUAAAGGUGUUUUGUGGGAUAAACUUUUAGGUGUUCAUCAUAUUCCACUUACAAUGAUUCCAUAUUCACCUGUUCCAGGUACAGGAUAUUAUAUUGGUAUUGAUAAAGAAUUUGAAAUGAGAAAUGGUGUAACAAUUGGUUCGAGAACUCCAACUGGUCAUACACUAAUGAUAGAUGUUCGUUUUGAACUUCCUUUCGAUGUUCAAGAACAGGAAAUAAUAGCAUUUCAAAAUAAAUUAGAAGCAUUAAACAACAUUAACUAUCAAAACGUGCCUAGUAAUACAAUACACUCCACAUCUGAAUUGAUAAAAAUUAAUACACCGGGAAGAAAUUUGGGUGAUCAAGUUAUUACAACAGAAAAUAUUAGAAAUAAUUCUUUGUAUGGAAACGAUUUUUCUGUUACUGAAGAUUCUAAUAGACAUCCUUUUAUACGAUCAGGUAUUUCAGAGGAUAGUGAUUAUACAUCAGACGUGUCUUUUCCAAUAAAUCAUCAUCAACAAAAUAGUAGUACAAGUCAUUGGAAUAAUCAAUUACACCCUCCAAACGGUUAUAUCCAAAGGGAUGCAGGAAAGUACAAAGAAGAAAAUUAUUAUAUGGAUAUCAAUUGUCAGGACAUGCAAAAUAUAUCCGGAUACAAUUCUCAGUUUAAUAAAAAACAAUUAAAUAAUCAUAAUUUACAUGAAGAAAAUAUUUAUUAUACAAAUAAUCAUAAUAAUCCUGAAAAUUAUAAUGAUCAAUAUAAUACAAUAAAUAAUGAAGAUAUGGGAUUAAAUAGAUCUUAUAAUUAUGAUGAUGUUAAUAGGCCUUCUAAUUAUUAUAACUCAAUGUCAAAAUAUUUAGAUGAUAGUGAAUAUAUGAAAAAUCCCAUUGAAAUUACCCAUCCAUCACAUGAAGAUUAUUUUGUUCCUAAUGAUAAAAAUAUGAUAAAUGAAGUGACUUGUUAUCAAAAUUAUUAUCCAAUGUAUCAAGAAGAUGAUAAUCAUCAAGAUGAUAUUUCUCAUUUAAAUACCAAAGAUUCAAUUGAUAAUUAUAGUUAUCAAAAUACUUAUCAAACACCAUUAUAUGAUGGAAAUAAAUAUAAUUAUGAAAAAGAUUUAGUUAAUACACAUGAAUAUAAUCAUGGUAGAUAUGAUGACUAUAAAGCUGAUACACCAAAUAGUUCAAGAACUAUUUAUGAAUCUGAUAGAACAAACAUUCCAUACUUACCUAGUUCAGCUACACCUUCUGAUUCUGAUAAUAGAGGUACACCUAUGUUACGACAAUUGUCACAUUCACAACAAAGAAGAGAUGCUUUCAGAAAAGAUUCUAAUCAUCUACAAAUGCCAUCAGAUGAUGAAUUAAUAAAUUUAAAAAUAAAUAAAAAUCAAAAAUAUGAUGAUGAUAGUGGUGAUUUUUAUUAUCAAUCAAGUAAUGAUGUUGAUAUUUACCAUCAGGAUGACUAUGAAACAGUAUCUGAUACAACAAUAAAACAAGACUGGAAAAAUGAUAAUGGUAAUUUAAUAAUAGAUAAUACAGAACCAUUAUCAUAUAACUCAAGAUCAAUUACAUAUAAUAAUAAAAAAAUUCCAGAAUAUUAUGUUGAUUAUGAUACAGUACCAACAGCUGACUCAUCUAAUGAUGAUUAUAAUCAAUAUUAUUCACAAAAAGAAGAAAGUGAACAAGAGAAGGAUGAUUAUUUUGAAGAAAAAACUACUGAAAAACCUAUUCUAUCAAAGGAAGAAUUAGAAAAACAAAAUGAAAAAAUAGCCAGAAAGAAUAAGUACAAAGAAUUAUGGAAAAAAGCUUAUUGUGAAGUGUGUAAACAAGUUGGUCUUAAGGUCAGUUUUUAUAUAAUAAACAUUUUAAAAAUCUUUAAUCAACCUUAUUGA